AUGGCCGUGGCGGCGGCCUUCCCCUCCGGCUCCCUCCUCCCCAAUACCCCCGGUACCCACCUCGCCCCGUUCACUCUGCGCUUCCCCUUCCGCCUCCGCCCACGGUGCGCCGCCUUGGUCGCCGCCGCCGCCACACUCCGCGAGGUCUGCGCCGGCCGCGUCCCGGACCACGUCCUACAGAGGGCUGAGGAGGUUGGCUAUGUCGUUCCCACCGAGGUGCAGGAGCAAUCCCUGCCGCUUCUGCUGUCCGGCCAGGAUCGCGUUCUCCACGCGCAGACAGGCUCUGGGAAGACGCUGGCCUACCUCUUGUCUGUCUUCUCCGCCAUCGACUUCAGCAGGUCCUCGGUGCAAGCACUGGUUGUCGUCCCCACAAGGGAGCUCGGCAUGCAGGUUACCAAGGUUGCUAGACUACUCGCAGCGAAGGCCUGCACCGUCACGUGCCCUGUUCGCUUGGCUGGAAAAGUACGUCUACAAGCGUACAGGGCGAUGGCUUUGCUUGACGGUGGUAUGCUCAAGAGGCAAAAGAGCUGGGUCAAGGCUGAGCCCCCCGCGAUAAUUGUAGCUACCGUGGCAAGCUUGUGCCAAAUGGUCGAGAGGCGCGCAUUCAGCCUUCAAUCCAUGAGAGUGUUAGUUAUCGAUGAGAUCUGCACCAAGAAGGAAAGGUUGCAUGUUUUACUAUCCUUGCUCGAGAGGGAUGCACCGAAGUCUGGAAUCAUAUUUGUUGCUGAACAGUCUGAGAGAUCAAAGAAGGCUGGAAAUCCUCCUUCAACCACUGUCGUUGCUGAGUUCUUGAGAAAUGAAUAUAAGGGAAGCCUAGAUGUGCUGCUGCUGGAAGAAGAUAUGAACUUCAAUGCUCGAGCUGCCUCGUUCUCUGAAGUGAAGGGAAGAGGAUUCCUGCUGGUUUCAACAGACAUAGCAAGCAGAGGGUUUGACCUUCCUCAAACCAGCCAUAUAUACAACUUCGACCUUCCCAAGACGGCAACCGACUAUCUGCACCGUGCUGGAAGAACCGGGAGAGAACCUUUCUCCAGGUUGGAAUGCGGCGUGACAACCCUUAUAACGGAGGAUGAGCACUUCGUGCUGCAGAGAUUUCAGAAUGAGCUCAAGUUCCACUGUGAAGAGCUGCCCCUUGAGUCCAUGUUCACUUUCUCUUGA